AUAGACAGACAAGCAUGUCGGUGUUGCUUGAGAGGAUUUGAAGUACAUGUAGACUGGAGUAGCAUGGCAGCUGACAAGAAGCUACUGAUAGAUGAAGAACUCAGUAAUAUGAAAGAGGUGACCAAGUCAUUGGGAGGCAUUGAGCUGGUGACAUGCGUUCCGGAAUUAGUGCGUGUCCAUCUAAGAUUGACAGAGCACAAACAGUUAAGCAUGUGCCUGCAGUUUCCUGAGGAUUACCCACAUUCCCCCCUCCUCAUAGAGCUGAAAAGCAGGACGCUCGGAGAUAAGCUGUUAGAUAGGUUGACCAAGAUUUGCGAAGAGGAAGUGAAGAAAAAACUGGACAGAAGCAGGUAUUCUAGCACUUUUUUAAUGGACAAUCCUUUAUGUUCCUGUAGUGAAGAAAUAUCUCUGAUCAAGAAAGAAUUGCUGGAUGAUGGUGAUGAACUAAAGUUAAAACAAAAAAAUUCACAGAUUGUCCUGAGAAUCCGCAAAAAAAAGUACUUCAUGAAUUUCAGAGUAAAUGUUCCAGAUGAUUAUCCAAAAGAAUGUGUAAGAACUGAAGUAACAGAUAGUAACUUUCCGGAGUUGUUGCGUAUGAAUUUCCAGGCUCAAGCAGAAGAGAUUUCCAGAAGAUGUAUACAGCCGCCUUUAAAAAAAACCCCAAAAGCUCCAGUGUUCACUCCUAAACCCUCCCUGCAGCCUGUUUGUGAGUUCAUGAUAAGGGAGAGCAUUAAGCGGUACCCGGAGGAAGUGUGUCCACUAUGCAAAGAGACUUGUCUCCCUGAUGAUCCACAGACACAGCCAGUGGAGAAGUCCAAGGAGGUGAUACGUGUAUACUGUGGUCAUAUCUAUCACUUUGGAUGUAUGAACAGUUACAUGAAUACUCCCCCUUUCAAAGGGGGUAAAAAAUGUCCGAGUUGUGAAUACCGCAUAUUCCAUCACCAGUGGAAUGUUAGUCCAGAGCUAGCGGAAGCGAGAUGGGCACAUAAAGAAGCGAGGAAACGAGAGCUAGACGAAGUUAUGGAUUUUUUGGAAUGACGUAGAAUUUUACCAGUAUACAUCAUCCGUCUUAUUUACACUUGUACAUGUACCCAAAGGAUAAUGGGUGGGCCCCCACUAAAAACCCCCUGAUAAGCCUCUUUAUUCACAAUUACUGAAAAUGUUAUAAAUUUAAGGUCUGAUAUUCUACACACAUGUAACGCAUUGUUUAGUGGAAUUAUUUAAUGGAUAUUACCAGUAAUUAGACACCUUUACAAAUAUUUUAGCACCACCAUAUACAAAAUUUAUAAACUAGUAAAGUGCAUUCAUGUGAUGUACAAUGCUGGACAGUGGUAUAAAACAUCUGGUAUAUGGCAUUCAUUUCGGAUUACUGUGACAUCUGUCAAUGAAGUAAAACUGUUUUAUGACUGUUUCACCUCCAUGCAUGAUGUUCAUUAAAUGAUGUGUGUGAAGUAUCAAAGUCUUGCAUUUAAGUAUUUGGAAUGAUUGUGUAUUUAGCAGAUACCACACCACAUCAGAUACAUAAAUGCAGAUAUGUGUAUUAUGAAAACAGUGAUAUUACUUGUAAUUAUGUUGGGUAUUGUAAGAUAAUAUAUAAACUUUCUAACUGUGCAUAAUGGUAUCAAUGCAGGAUUGAGCACACCUUAAAAUUGUAGGGAAGUUCAGUACCCUUUGUCACAACUCAACAAAUUGGUUCGAAGCCAGCUUGUCCUUGCAAGAUAUCAAUAUAGCUGUGAAAUAUACAUAUUGGUAGUGGCUCAUUUGGUUAGUGCACCAGUGCAGCGUAAUGACCCAGAGGCCUCUCACCAUUACGGUCGCUGUGAGUUCAAGUCCAGCUCAUGCUGGCUUCCUCCCCGGCUGUAAGUGGGAAGGUUUUCCAGCAACCUGCGGAUGGUUGUGGGUUUCCCCCGGGCUCUGCCAACUUUCCU